GGCGGCCGCGCGCCCGCCGCUCCCCUUCUCGUGCCGCUGGUGGCGCCGACGGCGGGGCGGCUGAAGGGAUGCCCGGAGCUGACGGUGGAGGGCGAUAUGCGGGAGAUGGCCAAGAUGGCGGCCUGGAGCGUCAGCUCCUGCAAGCCCGGCAACGGCGUCGCCUCCAUCCGCGAUGACAGCCUCAACACCUACUGGCAGUCAGUCGGACCGCACCUGGUCAACACCCAGUUCCAGAAGAAGGUGCAACUGCAGCUUGUUGUGCUCUACGUGGAUUUUAAGCUGGACGAGAGCUACACACCCAGCAAGAUCUCCAUCCGGGUCAGCGACGACUUCCACAAUCUCAAGGUAACACCUCGUUUCUGA